AUGCCCUCCUACAAAAUUGCUUCUAUCCCGGGCGACGGAAUUGGCCCGGAGGUAACAAGUGCUGCUGUUGAAGUCGUGGAGAAGUUGGCGAAGAAAUUGGGAACAUUUCAAAUCGAUUUCACACACAUUCCAUGGGGAACAGAAUAUUACAAGAAGAAUGGUCAAUAUAUCUCCGAUAAUGCACUGGACGAAUUGCGUCAAUUCGAUGCUGCCAUUUUCGGCGCAGUAGGCGCCCCAGAUGUACCGGAUCACAUCUCUCUCUGGGGUCUUCUGCUUGCUAUUCGAGGUCCAUUACAACUAUACGCCAACGUGCGUCCAGUUCGAACAUUCCCAGGAACAAAAUGUCCUCUCAACACGGCAACCAAAGGCAUCGACUGGAUGCUUGUGCGCGAGAAUAGCGAGGGAGAAUAUGCCGGUCAAGGCGGCAGAUCUCACAUUGGUCAGGAGUGGGAAGCGGCUACCGAAGUUGCGAUAUUCACACGAGUUGCCAUCACGCGCAUCAUGCGAUUUGCGUUCGAAACGGCUCAAUCACGGUCAAAGAAGCACCUGAUAGUUGUCACUAAGAGUAACUCCAUGCGAAAUGGCAUGGUUCUCUGGGAUGAGAUUGCUACCUCAGUAUCCAAGGAGUUCCCCGACGUGACCUGGGAGAAGAUGUUGGUGGAUGCUAUGACCGUGCGAAUGGUCUGGAAACCAGAGUCUAUCGAUACUAUUGUCGGUACCAACUUACAUAUGGACAUCUUGUCUGAUCUUGCUGCUGCGUUGGCCGGUUCUAUUGGGAUAGCACCAUCGAGCAACCUCGACCCGACUCGAAAGAACCCAUCUGUGUUCGAGCCUGUUCAUGGAAGCGCGUUUGACAUCACCGGGAAGGGCGUAGCGAAUCCAGUUGGAGCAUUCUGGUCCGCAGCUGAGAUGCUGACUUGGAUUGGUGAGAAAGAUGCGUCUGAUAAGUUGAUGAGUUGUAUUGAGAAUGUUUGUGCUGCUGGUAAGGUGACAAGGGAUUUGGGGGGUCAAUGCAAUACGAAGGAAGUUGUUGAGGCUGUUUGCGCUGAGAUCGAGAAACUUAAAAACUAG